UGCUACAUUUUUCAUCAAACCACAUCACAAUGAGAAAGAUGGCACAAUGUUGUGCCACAACUUCCCACCGGCCCCAAUCAUCCUUGCACUUCACCGCUUCGAGCCCUAGCAAUGCGAAAAGCUUUGCUAAGUUCGGGAAUAACACGACGACAACGGCAAUGCAAGGCAUCGCUGUCGAGGAGAGUAGGAAAAGGUGGAUGGAAUGCCAGGGCGUCAAGAACUGGGAAGGCUUGAUCGACCCCUUAGACGACACUCUUCGCGCGCAAAUAUUGAGCUACGCCCGCUUCGUCGAGGCAGCAUACCGUUGCUUCGACUUUGACAUGUCGUCCCCAACGUAUGCCACGUGUCGCAAUGAUAUAGAUUCGAUGUUGGCCCAAUGCGGGAUUGGGAACCACCGGUAUAGAGUGACAAAGAACUUGUACGCCACGUGUACAACUAGCGUUCCACGUUGGAUGGAGAGGAUUCUGAAUUUAGCGUCAUCCCCAGAGUCUAGCUGGAUUGGCUACGUGGCAGUAUGCGAUGACGCGGAGGAAAUAUCUCGAUUAGGUCAUCGUCGCGUGGUCAUUGCUUUUCGGGGAACUGCCACCGCAAGGGAGUGGCUCGAGAACCUGCGUGUCAUCUUGACCCCCUUAUCCGUUGACCUUGCCACCCCACUACCCGAUUGUUCUGGCGACCACCGCCAGCCAAUGGUACAACGGGGGCUUUUAAGCCUGUACACAAGCGGCGGCGAUGGUCGUCAGAGCUUACAAGACACAAUUAGGGAAGAGAUACGGGAAAUCGUCAAACGGUAUGGUGGCAAAGGGGAGCCGGCUCUGAGCAUCACAAUCACUGGGCACAGCCUUGGCGGUGCCCUAGCAACCCUAGUGGCAUACGACAUCGUGACACAGUUUGGUGGUCACGAGGCAGCGGUGCCGCUAGUGACGGCGGUGUCUUUUGGAGGACCGAGAGUCGGGAACGGUGGCUUCAAACGAGAACUAGAAGCCAGUGGCGCGAAGGUACUGAGAAUCGUCAAUCAUGAUGACCCCAUCACUAAAGUCCCGGGGUUUGUGUUUGAUGACGUGGCAGGGUUGGGAGUGCCAGCGUGGCUACAGAAAUACGCCAAGUAUGCGGCAUAUGCUGAGGUGGGAAAAGAACUUAGGCUUAGCAGCAAGGAUCGUCGCCUGCCACAUGCGAAAGUCAUGGCCAGAUCAGCAAUAAAUGUUGCCACGUGUCACGACCUCAACACCUACCUCUACUUGAUUGAAACUUUUUAGGAUAUUUAAAUAAUUUUAGUAGUCUUUA